AUGGCGAACGGUGAAGAAUUCCGACGAAUUCUGCAGGAACUGGUGAGUUUUAUGCAACUGAGCUCGACUAGGCGGUUCAGUUGCCCGCUUGACGAGGCUUACGACUCCGGCGUCGAGGCAUAUUGUAACCCAAUCCCAGCAAACCCAUCCGACGACGACGACGUCACCACCGUCACCAGCAAACCCCUCUUCUUCUCCGGCGUCGUCACCCGUCACCAGCAAACCCUCUUCUUCUCCGGCGCCGUCACCAUGGAGCCGUCACCAGCAACCCCUCUUCUUCUCCGGCGCCGUCACCAUAGCCAGGCCGACGACGACGACGACGAUUCAUUUAACACGAAAUCCAAACCGUUCCGUCCUACGCGUACCAAACAUAACACGAACCUCCGUUUCGUUCCGUCCCGUUCCGUCCCGUCCCGUUCCGUUCCGUCUGCGUACCAAACGCACCCUAAGGGAUGCCUGGAACCAUUGUUUGGGCCUCACUAUACUUGCGACACGUGCGAUAAGUGGUCCACUGGCUACAAGUUCAAUAUACAUAAAUCAUGUGCGGAGUUGCCCAUUGAGAUCCGCCACCCGAUCCACCCCAAUCACCCUCUUAUUCUCGAGGAAAACUACGGCUACACAUGUGGUGUCUGUAACUGUGACCAGUCACGUCGAAGUGCAUACAUUCUAUCUUACUGUUGUUCUGAAUGCGACUUCUCUAUACACGUCAAAUGUGCUUCCAAUUGGCAAAACGUCGGUCAUGAGCACAACUUCACCAUCCUCAUGCAGCCCAUUCAAUUCACUUGCGGUGUCUGUGGCCUAGUUGGUGAGUAUGACAAACAAAACUUCUACCUCUGCAACAUCUGCCAGCUCCUUGUCCAUGCCAAAUGCUCUUGGUUACCACUCCAAGUCAAAAUAGAACGGCACCAACAUCGCCUCAAGCUUACCUGGUGGUUCCAUGACAUGUACCCCAAAGACCAAGAUUUCUGUGACAUUUGCUCAGAAAAAAUGGACGGAAACCGUGCUAUUUAUUGUUGUCAUGAUCAUGAAUGUCGUGGUUAUACUGCCCACUGUAAAUGCAUAAGAAAAGAGGGGAAAUUCAAGAACAUCCUCGUCAAUGAUGAUGAUGAUGAUGAACCAUCCACAUCUAGACGUCCCCCAACCGAUGAGACCACCGCUGAUGAUAAACCCUUGCAGAUCGAGCACUUCAGUCAUCCACACAUGUUAACCCUCAUCGAUGGCCAAGAGGUGGCUAGACAAGACGGCCAAGAUGAAGGAAUUACUUGUAACGGUUGCACGCUACCCAUCAUGAGGGGUGAGUCUUAUAGGUCAUGCACAGAACAAGCAAUAGAAAAGCCAUGUAAUUUCUCUCUCCACAUAAAUUGUGCUAAAUUACCCCGAAAGAGGCUUCUCCCACUUCACGAACACGAGCUCACACUCCUUCCAACAGCAUCUUCUGUCGGUGGCGUUUUUGAGUGUGACAUGUGCGCGUCCUUGAGCCAAGGUUUCUCAUACCAUUGUCAAAGGUGCGACUACUACCUCGACAUUUAUUGCAGUAUUGUUUAUGAGCGUAGGACUCUCCGUUGUGAUGCUCAUGUUCACACCCUCCGGUUCAGCACAAAGCUCGUGUCCUGCAGAAGUUGUGGUACUCGUGAUAAGAAUUUCUGCUUCAGAUGUGGCAGUGAGAGAUGCGACUUCCAUCUGUGUAUUUCGUGUGUUAAAUUACCUCUUACAGUCAGGUACAAUUACGACGAUCAUCCUCUCAAACUCACUUAUGCUAGUGUUAAAAAUGACCUCGAUGAGUACUAUUGUGACAUAUGCGAAGGAAUACGAGAUCCAGAACAUUGGUUCUACUCCUGCCCGGAUUGUGACUUUGAAUGUCAUCCUGAUUGCAUUAGAGGGACGUAUCCGCAAGUCAAGUUAGGGGGCUCUUACAAGCAUCGUGAUCACCAGCACAACGUCGCCCUUGUUUAUAAGAGAAAAAGCGAGAUUCCUAAUGAUAAGAGAGAGCGCUUACUUCCUUGUUCCAACUCCAAGUGUCGUAUGAUGUGCCAAGGAUUGGUUUGUGAAUGUUUGGAGUGUGGUAUUAAUAUGCACCUAGGGCACCACUUGUGGGGCUCUCCGAUUCUCGACUAG